AUGCCGAGGAAGAAGAUCGCCCUAGGAGUCGAUGUCAAUCCAGGCGACGCCCCUCCGAAGAAGGAAGGCGGGCGUAGGAACCUGCGAGGCAAAAGAGGUGGUCUCAAAGAUAUGCCCACUAUGCCUCUCGACAUUCUGCUGGAGAUCUUCUGCCACCUGGAGCCUCGCGACUUGCUCAACCUCGCGCGCACCACCAAGCCUUUCCGUGCAUUCCUCUUGAGUCGCAACUCUGCGACUAUGUGGAAGGCUGCUCGGGUAAAUGUCGAGGGUCUACCGGACUGCCCCCCGCGCCUGAGCGAACCCGCAUAUGCCAACCUCGCUUUCUUUCCCUAUUGUCAUAACUGUCUGAAACCCAACGUUCAGACCAUCCUUUGGGAGUUUGGCACGCGGUACUGCCCUCCUUGUGUGAAGACACUUACUAUAUCAGCCAAAGCUAUAUACUUCGAAUUCAAAUACAGUUGGGCAAUGUCGCUCAGGUUUGAAGGCGCUCUCAACAAGGUCUUUCUGAAUAGACAAGAGGUCUACCAUUGCCGGGAACUGGACAGAUUGAAGGUACUCUGGGAGAGCACCCGCGAAGACAACGCCAAAUGGACCGGAAUCGUGACGCAAGAGAAAACGCGCAUCGAGGAGAUUUACAAGCACUCUGUUCUAUGUCGCGCCUGGGACAGAAAGCGGGUCUCAAACAGGUCGGCGGAGCUGCAAGAUAUUCGGGAGCAGCGUCUCACUACUAUUGUGGCGAAGCUGCGUGAUCUCGGGUGGGGGGAGGAGCUUGAUUGCAUCGCAGACUUCGAGUACCGUCCGCUCAGCGAGCAUGCCCAAGUUCGACCAUCAAAAGUACUCACUGAACGAGCAUGGGCGAAGAUUCAGGACGAGGUCGUCCAGCACAUGCAAGAGAUCAAGGAGGCCCGCCUCCGCCGCGAGCGUCGUACGCUCAUCCGGAGACGCCUCAUGGCGCUGAAGUCCGCUGUCACUGCCGCGCGCACUGCGCCGCCGAAGCGCACCGCGAAGGACGAGUGCAAGCCCAAGUUCCAGGACCUCGCGAUGAUGCCGGAUUUCCGUCCGCUCGUCGAGGCGCCGAACGAAGAUGUCGUGGACCAGGCAACUUUCGAUGCACUCAUGCCUAGGCUGUGUGAGUUCGAGGAGCGGUGGCAGCGUGAGUGCAUGGCGGAGCUCCGGGCGAUAUUGGGUGUCGUCGAGGUGGGCGGUGGCGUGGACGCGCUGGACCUCGCCGCUACACUUUUCCAGUGCAAGGAGUGCAAGCGGUACAUGCUGCACCCGGAGAUACUCGCGCAUGAGUGCCUCUCGCCGUUCCUCGACAUGCCGGAGAUACAGGCCAAGCACGGCGAUUAUUUCGAAGCCGUCAUUGAGCUAAGCCGCUAUAGAAUGCCAUGGAGCGCGGCGAGGAUCAUCGCGGCACCCUGCUUGGACCACGUCCGCACCAUCAUAGAGAGGUGUGGCCGGGACCCGAAGGUCACUACCCAGAAGGACAUGGACGACGCCGACCUCAGAGUCUUGUAUGCUUCCGAAACGUCUCUGGCAGGGGCCAAGGUCAUGUCGUGGCGACGAGCGAUCAAGUACGUACAACCCACAUCUGGUCGAUACUUCAGCUUCAACCCCGUCGAGUGGAGGAUGGCCACGGACAAGGAGAAAGCAGCAGUGAAGGAUCGUGAGGACAAGCGCAGGACCCAAUUGAAAGUGCAUCGUUCUGGACACAUCGAGUGGCGCUGCGGCUACUGCGAUAUUGCCCGGGUGAGCGUGUGGUCGCUGAUCUCGCAGCAGGACUCGGUGACAGCGCACGUAAAACAGCAGCAUGGGAUCGAGAAUCCGACGUUGGAUGAUGGCGAUAUUUAUUGGCACCCCGACAGCGACAUGGAGCUGCAACCCAUCCCCGUCGAGAGGCAACUGUUCGAUGAAAUCGGUUUCAUUGACUGGAACAUUUGA